AUGCUGGCCCGGUCUUGCCUGCGCUCGACGCGCGCUUUCGCCGGUGCGAGAAAUGGCGCCAUGAAUUUUGCGAAGCGUGCGGCGUCCACCUCGAGCUCUGGAUCAACAGCCCAGGCAUCCCCGGUCGGCCUCAACAUCGCUGCCGCCGCCUCAACUGCUGUCGCGAUCAGCUCCAUCGCCUGGUACUACCAUCUCUAUGGGUCUACUGCAUCAGCUAUGACACCUGCUGAGGAAGGUCUUCACCCCACCAAGUAUCCCUGGGUUCACGAGCAAUGGUUCAAGACCUUCGAUCACCAAGCUCUCCGCCGUGGAUUUCAGGUCUACCGAGAAGUUUGCGCUUCCUGCCACUCCCUCAGCAGAAUCCCCUACCGAUCUCUUGUCGGCAGCGUCCUAACUGUCGACGAGGCCAAGGCGCUGGCCGAAGAGAACGAGUACGAUACCGAGCCCAACGACCAGGGCGAGAUCGAGAAGCGACCCGGCAAGCUGUCUGACUACCUUCCCGCUCCCUACCCGAAUGAUGAGGCUGCUCGAUUCGCCAACAACGGUGCUCUGCCCCCAGACCUGAGCUUGAUUGUCAAGGCCCGACAUGGUGGUUGCAACUACAUCUUCUCCCUGCUCACCGGAUACCCUGAGGAGCCCCCGGCUGGUGCCCAGGUUGGUGCUGGUCUGAACUUCAACCCUUACUUCCCCGGUACCGGUAUUGCUAUGGCCCGUGUUCUCUACGACGGUCUUGUUGAGUACGAGGAUGAGGUCCCCGCCUCCACUUCCCAAAUGGCCAAGGAUGUGGUUGAGUUCCUCAACUGGGCCGCAGAGCCCGAGAUGGACGACCGAAAGCGAAUGGGCAUGAAGGUACUGGUCUGCACCACGGUCCUCUUUGCCAUCAGCGUAUGGGUUAAGCGAUACAAGUGGGCAUGGCUGAAGUCAAGGAAGGUCGUGUAUGACCCGCCAAAGAAUGUCCCUACCCGCCACUAG